AUGGAUAGGUCUGGCGAAGGUGGCGCUGCGGCAGUUGCUUGCGCCGAGAACAUAUCACUAUUGCAUCUUUUGAGCAAGUUUCAUCACUACCCCCAGCGCAAUCCGCCAUCAUUGAACCCUAUUGAAGAAAAGGAGAGAACUCUGCAGUUCAGUAGAGAGCGAAGUUUAUGCGGCGCCUUUGCGUUCUUGGCCAGCAUCGAUGGAAACCCGGACUUCGUUCCGGCUGUCUACAUUGAAGAACGAACUGAACAACGCCGUUUAGAAAUUGUGGUGGCCGUCAACAAAAAGAGCCCGAACAAUGGUCAAGAAAUCUUGCUGGAUAUCAAGCAUGGAUUCGAACAGAUUUUCCAGCAAUUAAAGGGUCUUGACGGCAAAUCCAAAGUCGAGGAUGGGGUCUUCGAAGAGGUUGUAAGGAUGUGCUACAAUCGGAUUCUCAAACGCAUUCGCGAAGAGCCCGCAGCACGAGCUGGGAGAUCGCAAGGGCGCCCAACGAGAAAACGACAGUCAAUUGAGACGUUGCUCGAAACGCUCAGCAUAUACUUUACUCAGCCGAGCAACAGCAUGGCACAGUCACAAGAGCUCUUGACAAGAGCUCGCGAUAUAACAAAGUCACUCGGAAGAUGGAGAAGAUACCAAGAUCCUUCUGAGCUGAAGUGCUUGGUGGAAGAUAUAUUCCAGCUGUCACUAGUCGACCACUUUGAACAGCUCGUCCACAUGAUCCCUCACACGGAAAUGGCCCCAAGCUCGAAAACGAGCCUGUGCAAUAUGAUCUCCAAGGUUGCGCGGUACAGAGAGGUCUCUCGACAUAUAUACCGGACUGCAAAGAAGUACCCAAUUGCUAGGUCCGCGGACGUGGUGACGGUCAACCUCACGAGCUUUGCGCAAGGAGCUUACAAACGGAUGGGAGCAUAUGAAAGGGACCCAAAACUCACCACAGCUCUGUCAAGGAAUGGAAUCACGAAAGGCCCCGAUCGGGUCCUCAGGGAUGCCUGGUCACAAGAAAACGAUCAGGAUGCCAACGUUGUAUUCGAAAAGCAGGCCAAGGAUGUACUGAAGAACGCAAAGGUCCACGCUGAAGUUCAGCUGAUAUACCACUAUCAUCUCAAGAGCCGCCAUUCAGACCUUCCUCCCAGAGUCAUUCGAUCCAGCAAAGACGCAUGCUACCUCUGCAACGCCUUUAUUGAAGCUGAAAAGACAUUUUACACGUCCCGCUGCCAUGGGAGGUUAUACCCGUCAUGGAAAAUACCGCAAGUCACUAGCCGCCUCGACCUUGCUCAGAGGUUUAAUGAGUUACUGAAAGGUAGAAUAAGCAGUGCUUAUAGCAAUUUGGCUGGCUUCAAGGCCAAUUGCCCAAAGGCAGAUCCGGCGGAGAGCACGCUUUCGACAUUGAAUUGGUCGGUCUCGACUGAGGUAGACGAGCCAUCAGUACCGACCGUUCCAAGUGAAAUAGAUGUCGUCAUUGUGACUACUCAGAAAGAAACAGAGAAUCAAGAAAUGUCUCAAGAUAUCGAAGCACAAAAUUAUUCUGUUGAAAACAAGAAUAUGAUUCAAGAGGAGUCGCAGGAAGGGAAUCAGGACGGCCAACAGGAGUCAACAUCAGUGAUGAACGUACCCGACACUGAAGAGAUUGCAAACAAAGGAAGUCAAGCAGACGAACCAGUAGAGAUCAGCAUACAUAUUGAACAUGAAGAAGAAGAAGAAGAAGAGAGAGCAACUCCACAGGUACAGGCCGCCGAAGACAGCAAAGCCACGACUGUAGUUGGCCAAGAUGAUGAAGCUCGAAGCACAGAGGCCUCCCCGAGACGAAGGAACGCCUCACCAGUCCAAGAAGACCGUACUCCACGCAUAAGUCCUGCUAUUCGAAUAUCCGAUAGCACCAGAAUUCAGUCUCGAAUUCCCGAUCGGCGAAGUGAGCCCAAGAGAAAGCAACGUCCAAUUCGGAUUAGAACAUCAUAUGCUGUUAUCAGAAAAACGUACCGUCCUGAGGAAAGAACUCCAUCCACCAAAAGUCCGGUGUACAAUAUUGAGAAGACAACUGUGUACUCAAAUGACGGCAAGAUCGGAAGCAAAAAGCGGACGUUUCCACCAGCUCGGGGAGGUGACACGAUCUUGCAGGAGCGAAUGCUUCCUGCCAGAAUUAGGAUUAUGAUGAACAUCUUGGCCAAUGUAUGA